AUGCCUAUGCUCAAGAACCCCGCGGUCAAAUAUAGGCCAUACACCCCACUCGACCUCCACGAUCGUACAUGGCCGAGCAAGACUAUCACUAAGCCUCCUAUUUGGCUAUCUACAGACUUGCGUGAUGGAAAUCAGGCCCUCGCAAACCCGAUGUCUAUUGCCCAAAAAACUCGCUUCUUCCAGCAGAUUGUCAAGUGUGGAUUGAAAGAGAUCGAGAUUUCGUACCCUGCUGCCAGCGAAACCGACUUCCAGUUUACUCGUAAUUUGAUCGAGGGUGGGCUUAUUCCCGACGAUGUAUGGAUCCAGGUAUUGACCCCUGCUCGGGCCGACCUCAUUACCCGGACGUUCGAAGCUCUCGCCGGAGCCAAUAAAGCCAUUUUGCACAUGUACAAUGCGUGUUGCCCCUGCUUCCGUGAUGUCGUAUUCCGCAACUCGCAAGACGAAACCGUCGAGCUUGCGGUCACACAUACUAAGCUUGUACGAAAACUCGUUGAUGAAUACUCAGCCAAGUACGGCACCCAGUUCAAGUAUGAAUACAGCCCAGAGACGUUCUCUCAAACUGAGCCAGAUUUUGCGGCUCGCGUUUGUGAGGAAGUCAAGAAGGCCUGGGGCAAGGCAGGCCUCGCCGAGGAAAGGAUCAUAUUCAAUUUGCCAGCGACCGUCGAGAUUGCGACUCCGAAUCAUUAUGCGGACCAGAUCGAGCUCUUUGCGCGGAGUAUUUCCGAGCGAGAAAAGGUUAUUAUUAGUUUACAUCCUCAUAACGAUCGAGGCACCGCGGUUGCCGCUGCUGAACUCGCCAUGAUGGCUGGGGCCGACAGAGUAGAGGGCACCUUGCUCGGAAACGGCGAACGGACCGGCAACGUUGACAUUGUGACUCUUGCUCUUAACCAGUAUAGCCAAGGUGUCUCGCCAGGUCUCGACUUUAGCGAUUUGCAGGCCGUUAUCGAUGUGGUGACUGCUUGCACUGAGCUACCUGUUCAUCCUCGACACCCUUAUGCAGGCGAACUCGUAUUCACUGCUUUCUCCGGCUCACAUCAAGAUGCGAUCAAAAAGGGCUUCGAGGCGCAGGCCAAACGUCAUGCAGCCGAUAUCAAAACAGGCAAUAUGCUAUACUGGGAAAUCCCAUAUCUGCCUAUUGAUCCUGCAGACCUUGGAUGCACCUAUGAAGCAGUCAUUCGCGUCAAUUCGCAGUCAGGAAAGGGAGGAAUUUCGUACUUGAUCAAGCAGGCUUUGGCUCUCGAUCUUCCUCGUCGUAUGCAAGCGUUAUCAGAAGAGACUGGAAAAGAAAUAACAAUGGAAGACAUCGUAUCUUCCUUCAAGAAGACAUAUCGCUUUGGAGGCGGAGUUUAUGAAGGCCGUCUGGUCUUGAAGUCCUUUACUCUAUCCGAGGUUCCACCCUCAAGACCAACUUCGCCUAACCAAGAGAACGGAGUUCAUGACACAGGUCGCCGUUUCGAAGGGAAGCUCUUGGUCGAUGGUGCAGUACGCAUGAUUCGUGGUGAAGGCAAUGGUCCUCUUUCUGCUCUUCUCGAUGCCCUGUAUGGGCACUUGGACCUGCACCUUUCUGUUCGUGAAUACUCUGAACACUCUAUCGGAGAAGGAACUUCUGUCAAGGCCGCAUCCUACGUUGAACUUGUUAAACCGGACGCAGAUCCCAAUGACAAGACUAUUGGCGGAUAUUGGGGAAUAGGUGUUGAUGCUAAUAUAGCUGCAUCCGCUCUGCGCGCUGUAAUUAGUGCCGCGAAUAAUGCCCUCGGGAGCGACCCUGUUACCCCAGCCAAGGCUCACAUUGUCGAAAGCGAGGCAGACAUUGCCACGGCGGUCUACGAUAGCUUGUCAUUGGAAUUGCCAAGACAUUUGCAAACUGCCUUCCUCAAAGUUACGAAACUCAACACGUCUCUACCAAUGACAUACGAAUACGAUCAAGUUUCGCAGGGACCGUUUACUCUGCGCGAGUAUGCAAUCCUCAAAAAAGAUGCCCAUACGCGAAGGUUCGAGGGAAUUGUUUCCAUCGCUGGACAGAACGAGGAAGUUAUUGGAGAAGGAAACGGCCCGUUGUCCGCAUUCCUUGCCGGACUGCAUGCCCACCUGAGCAAGAACGCACGGACCCCUCAAACACCUGGGGCCGAAUUGCACGGCCAGAUCGAAAUUCGUGAGUUUGCUCAACACUCGAUUGGAACUGGGUCAAGCGUCAAGGCCGCGUCGUACGUCUUGCUCGGCAUGGAUGCUGCAUCGAAUCGCCGAACCGCGUGGGGCAUUGGAGUCGACGAAGACAUUUCAGUCAGUGGUCUCAGGGCUGUUUUGAGUGCUUUUUUGAAGUUAUCACAACAAUUCGACCCUGUAUGCGCCAUGAGGCAUAAUGUUCACACCGUUGUAAUGGUAACCCGCCGCGGCACUCGGAUAAAUACGACCACACAAGUUGCUGCAUUCCGACUCGUCCAUUCCUUCGAGAAACUGUAUAAAGCACGUAUUCUACACACGAAACUUGAGGACCGUAAUACUACUCAUCUCUUCUUAACUUGGACACAUAUUUUAGACAUUGUUGUUGUGAUGCCGCACCAAGGACCAUAUGUUCAACCGGGUGAUACCCUAGAAGGAUUCCUCAGAUAUUUCUGGCAAAGUCAGAUAGCUACCGCCGAGCGAGAAGAGCCUGACUUCAAGCAUCCUCCUCUGCCAUUGGCUCGAAUUAAGAAGGUUAUGAAGAGUGACCCCGAAGUAAAAAUGAUAUCAGCAGAUGCACCUAUCCUUUUCUCCAAGGCCUGUGAAAUUUUCAUCUCGGAAGUCACCGCACGUGCCUAUCUUGUCGCAGAACAGCAUAAACGCCGCACACUUGCCAAAGCCGAUGUCGCGCGAGCCCUGAGCAAGAGCGACCAAUUUGACUUUCUAAUCGAUAUUGUGCCUCGCGAGGAGGGCUCGAAACGCAGUGCCCGCGGUGGACUAAACCGAAGCGAGCCGAAGCCGGGUCCUUCGGGAUCUGGGAUUGCUGCUGCGACUGACAGCACGCUGACCACGGAUACGGGUGCUAUUCUAUCGGACAAUGUUCAAGCCACUGAGGAUUUACUGGAAGGGGAACAAACUAAUGCCGGGUUAAUGGCGCAGCCCAUCCCAGGGUAUCCCGUUUCGGGAUCUGUGAACUUUGCUUACCCUCCCGGAAGCACGCACCACCAAUAA